AUGUCGUCGCAACCGUUAUUACAACGUGCUCCGAACAAGCGCAUCGCCCUGCCUGUGCGAGUGGUAUGUUCUACACCUAUCCUCCACCUGCUUUCCCGCCUCCUGUCGCGCGCCUUGCCGUGGCUGCCGUCGGCUUCAAGAAGCGCCGCCAAUCGACGCCCAAUCAUAAACGUCCGCGGCGCGCCGGAGAGCAUGCGCACGUGCUGGUUGUCCUCGUCGAGGUCGUGGACGCCGCCCGAUUUCCGCUCGUCGCCCGGCUGCCGGCUGGGCCCUGCGGCGUGAUGAACACUGCAGUUGUGGGAUGUGGGGGUGCUGAUCAACGCCAGAUCUCCUUGCCCUCAAUAGGAGCCCAAGGUCUUCUUCGCCAACGAGCGAACGUUCCUCUCAUGGCUCAAGUGAGUCCGCCGUCGCAGCUCCUCGUCGUCGGUGGCCGCUCCGUCAGGGUGGGACCACUAGAACUGAUCCGAUGGUGUUCACCUCUACAGCUUCACCGUCGUUCUCGGUGCGUGACACCCUCGUUCGAUCGAAGAAGCGUCUCCCUACGUAGGGGUUGUGUGCUCACCCACCGCGGGUUUCCAUCCGUCGUCGGACAUCUUUCCCUUCUCCGUCGGUUCGCUUGCAGGGGGUCUCGCCGUCGGCUUGCUCAACUUUGGUGAUCGCGUCGGCAAGAUCGCUGCGGGCAUGUUCACCGUCGUUGGUCAGUCCGUUGUGGGCAUUCUCCGUAAAGAGCUGUGUUGACUGACAUCUUGCGCCUCUCCAAUUCAUGCCCUGCCGUGCUUUACCGACACGGAUGGGAAUUCUCCCCGAGCAGCCAUGUCCAUCAUGAUUUACGCGUAAGUCUCUGCCUGGCGGAUAUGGGAUCUAUCUAACGAGACAUACCGAAUCCAUCUAAAAAUCCCAAUUUAUAGUCUGAUCACAUAUCACUGGCGCGCGAACGCGAUCCGCAAGCGUGGUUCGGGCCCUUACGAUGACCGACUCGGGCCGACCGUCUUGUGCCUCGCGCUUCUAUCCGCCAUCAUCAUCAACUUUAUCCUGCGUGUACGUUCCACUCUGAGCCACCGAACGGGUCUCGCUUCGGAGUUAUUUUGGCCGGGUCUCUAUUGGGGGAAAUGUCAAAAACUGAUUUUUCUCUAUUUCUUUCCCUCUUGUGAUCCUCAUUUCUUCUAUCCCUAGUUCACCGCUUCAUAG